UGCUGAAGCAAAUAAAUUUAUUAAUAAACUGAUUAAUGACAUAUUUUCCUUAUUGAAUAUCAUGGAAUACAUAAUCUGCAUUUAUACAGAAUACAUUUGCACAAAAAUAGUAGAACAACAAUGAAGUUCCCUUUAGUCUGGAUCUGGAUACGACAGUAUAACUGUGGAAUGUGAUCACAAAUAUGCAAAAUAUAAACUUGAUAUAAAAUAAGGCACUUAUUGAAACGCGCAGGUUUGACUUUAAGCCACAGGAAUGAAUGAUGGAGAAAGAAGUGGACAGUUUUAUCUUUUGGCGAACAGUGACGGGUUCGAGAAGGAGAGUCUGACAUUUAAGAAUCAGCUGUGAAGGACAGAAAAAGAGGAACACAAUGGCACAAGUUUUCUAGAGUUAACAUUCAAAAAGGGAAUAUUCAGAAAUAAAAGGGUGAUUUAAUAAGACAGAAGCUGGUAACACACACGGCAGAAAUCACAACGUGAAAAGAUGAAAUUUACCGAGCUUUAACUCUUAGUGUUUGUACUCCACUUUUAACUGUCGUGUUAUGGACCCUGUAUUUUGUAUAAUUUGGGGUUUGAAUGACUAGAAGGUGCAAAAAGUUCAAUUUUUUCCAGGAAUGAGUCGCUUUAGCAGGUAGUGAAGUGUCCAUUUAAAGUCCGUCCAACCAGAGGUCUUGUUUUUGAAACGGCAUACCCAGAUCGUCAUGCCAGAAAUCUGUUGGGGAUGUCACUGAGACCCUGUUUGUGUUUGAAUCAGUCAAUGGACACGACACGAUCACAUCACCAGGUUUGAGAAGUCAACCUAACGUCAGAUGUAGAUGCUGCACCAAUGUUGGGUGUUGAUGUCAAGUUUUUAAACCAGCAAACAUCAGGUUAUGAUGUUCAACACAGAACAGAUCAACCCCAAAGUCAGGUACUUCACCUCGACAUCAGGUUUUAAAGUUGACCCAGUGCGAAAUUUUGACACCAAGAAAUCAGAUUUGAUGUCAGCCAGCAUAAGAUGGUGUUUCUGAAACCUGCACCUUUACCUUCGCCAUCUCUCUCCUCAAACAUUAAUCUUGUUAAGAAAUAACUUCAGGGGCUCAUUUUCCAGUGAUAUGGCUGAAGUAUAAACCGGUUGACUUGGUGCCGUGAGAGCCAAAGAUAUGGCAGAGGAGUCUGGGUGUAUUCAGAGACUGAUUAAUGAAGUGUCCUCUUUGAAUGCGAUGACAGAAAGUGUUCGAGAAAGUCGAUGAAAAGUUGGACAAGACGCAGAAUAGACUCCCUGAGAGUUGGCAUUUUUUUGACAAGGGGGAGAAAUUUGUGAGAGUCUUUGCCAAGAAAGUCUUUCAGGCUGAAAUGACGCCUGUGGGUACGAUGAUUCACUGAUUUUACCGUAGAGAGACUGACAAAGGGCUCGAACAGACAGAAAAAAAAACAACACAAAACUGCACGGUUAACUCGGAGAAUCUGGCUGUAUCCUCGUUUCAAAGGAGCUCUCUGAACCGCUGCAGGACAAAUAUUAGUGAGACGCUCCAGAAACACUCCAGUAAAGCUGAAAAUCUUCUCUCUGUUUGAUCUGAACAUACUUCAGCCUCUUUCACACAAACUUACAAAGCUGCGUGUUCGCACAAUAUCAAGAUGAGAGGGGUAGAGGGCGAGGGACGGAGGAUAAGUCAGGACAUCAAAAGGAGAAGUGCAAAAUGGUGCAAGAAGAAGAAGAAAGAGACACCUGCGCUGGUUUUACAUUUUCAUCUAUGCUACAGUACGUGCAAAAGAAACAAAAACAUCCUGAAAAUAUUCCUUCAUUCACUCGUUGCUCUCUCAGUUUUGCACCAAUGAUAUAAACGUCAUCAUCCACGCCUGAAUGUUUCCUGCUGCGUUCUCACGUCAGCUCACUCCAUCUUCAUUACUAACCCUCUGAACUGAACCAGAUCCUUGCACAAAUCAUGUUCGGCCCAUCUCCUCUGUGUCACAGCGGCAGAGCUGAUGGAUUUCUCUCUUGUCAACAUAUAAGAGAAGAUUAUCAUGGAGGCAGAAGAACCACUGAUUCGAUGAGAACCUGAAAAAUCCUCGGUCUCUAAACUAUAGAUAACAGCACUUUUCUGCUGUCCUUACAAUAUCAGCACUCAGAAUAAAACAACAUACUGACUUGCAGUAAAAUCCACUCGCUUCGUGAGCCCGGCUGAUAAACUCUGUGCUACAGAGAUAAAACUGUCAGGAUCUGAUCUCUCAAACAUAAACAUAAUCUGUGAUGAUUCAUGUUAAAGGGAUAUUCCGGCGUAAAAUUAAUUUAGGGUCAAACACACGUAACACAGAGUUAGACACCACCUCCAGAGAUGAAUGUUGCCGACCGCUUGCUUCUCAAGUCAUCAACAGGACAUAUAGGGUCACAGACACAGUACUAGCCUCCAAACAUCUUUUUAACUUUGCUUGAUUUCUUCAGCAAAGAGACUAAACACAACUCACCUACUCUCAUCCAGCAGCCGUUUGUUUGUAGGGAGACCUCAGGCCAGUCCAUUACAGACUACAGCGGGGUGACGCAGCUCAAGGAAGAACAUUUAUGAUCAUUUCUUUAUCAUUCGGUCUGAUUGUAUUUCCAUGAAGAAAUGAUCAUAAAUGUUCUUCCUUGAGCUGCGUCACCCCGCUGUAGUCCGUAAUGGACUGGCCUGAGGUCUCACUACAAACAAGCGGCUGCUGGAAGAGAGUAGGUGAGUUGUGUUUAGUCUCUUUGCUAAAGAAAUGAGUCAAAGUUAAUAAGAUGUUUGGUGUCUAGUACUAUGGCUGGGACCCUUUAUGUCCUGUUGAUGAAGUUAGGUGCUGUCCUCAGACCACUGUGUGUUGCUAUCCUGUGGUCGUUACUAAAGUUGGUAAAACUAGAGAAGCCAGCGGUCAGCAACAUUCAUCUCUGGAGGUGGUGUCUAACUCGGUGUUACGGUGUGUUUGACCCUAAAUUAAUUUUACGCUGGAAUAUCCCUUUAAUAGUUUAAGAAAAUAGUUGGUUUUGUUGGUGACUGACUCUACUAGCUGGAGGCUGCCACAUUUGUUUUGAUCUGUAAGCCAAUCAGAGGCUGUAUCUGUGAUUAGCCGACCUGUAACGGUCCCGCCUCUGACUCCUAAGGAACUGACACAGACUCGGGUCAUUAAGCUGAAUUGAAAGGCAUUGGUCGAGUGAUGCUGAUCGGGUUUUGACGAAUAAUAGGAAUGUGAAGUCCAGUUGAAGUGUUCAUACAUGUCCUAGGUUUUGGGAAGUUUCUGGAGGUUUUGUGCAUGUGUGAAUACAUCUGUUGUUGGUUUGGGUCUUUAAUAAAACUUGUUGAUCAAUAAUAACAAAAUUAAUAAUAUGUGAAUUUAUCUGCUCCUAUUGUCUGACAUGUUCAGUAUCUGCUCAGUCCUCUCCUCAUUGUCUGAUUUUUCUUCUUGCUGGUGUUGUUUCCCUUUUUAUUUCCACGCCUCCCGGGCACAUGACAGCUGAGGGGAAAAAAAAAAAAAGAAACAGAAAAAUCGAAGAAACCCUCAGUGCCCUGCAGGACGGUACAGUCAGCCCAAGUGGGCGAGGAGUGAAAUGAUUUGACAGAGGAAGAGGAGUGGAGGGAGAAAGGGAGGGGAGGAGCUGAGAAGAAGAAGAAGAAGAAGAGGAGGCCAAGCGAGGCUUUGUUCACAAACCCCCUUUAGCCUUAAGAAAGCAGAGAGAGAAGCGCUGAAGUGAGGAGUGACAUGGACUCCAUCCUAAUGAUGAGUGGUGAAUAGUGGAGCGGAGAGGAGGAGAGGCCCUGUGGGAGAUUACACUGCUGAAGGAUAUGGAGAGUGCAGUAUUAUUGUCCACUAUGAAAAACGCCUACGAACGCAACCCAUGUCACUUCCUUAAUCCACGCCAUGAAUGCCCCCAAGUGUCAGCCGCCACCGCGCCACCAGGCAGGACGGAGAGUUCCCCGUUCCUUCAAAAGACGGGAGAGCUCGCUCGCAAACUAAUUAAGAUAAACGACUCGUUCAGGAAACACUCAGGCACAAAACAGAGGGUGAAAACCGCUGCCCAACGUUUGUCCUUCUCUGUGAAUUUAAGUGGACAAGAGGGAGCGAGGACUCGUGACCCUGAGCUGUCAAAUCCUCGGCCCACGGUCGCCGCUCUUUACUUUGUCUUUGUGAGGAAACACUUGAGCGACAAAGUGAGAGAAGGGGGGAUGAGAUGGCGAAGGAAGUGAGGCCGGGCUGAUGUAAACACGCGUAAUUAUGCUGUAAAAAGUGCAGUUUUAAAGGGAUAUUCCGGUGUAAAAGAAAGUUACGAUUAGACACACCGUAAUACCGAGUUAGACACCCCGUCCAGAGAUGAAUGUUGCCGACUGCUUGAGUGGGGUGACACAGCUCAAGGAAGAACAUUUAUGAUCAUUACUUUAUCACUUUAUCAUCAGCAUCUUGGUCUGAUUGUAUUUCCAUGAAGAAAUGAUCAUAAAUGUUCUUCCUUGAGCUGCAUCCCCACGCUGUAGUCCCUAAUGGACUGGCCCGAGGUCUCGCUACAAACAAGCGGCUGCUGGAAGAGAGUAGGUGAGUUGUGUUUAGUCUCUUUGCUAAAGAAAUCAGGCAAAGUUACAAAGAUGUUUGGUGGCUGGGACCCUAUAUGUCCUGUUGAUGACUAGAGAAGCAAUCGGUCGGCAACAUUCAUCUCUUGACAGGGUGUCUAACCCGGUGACCCUAACUUAAUUUCAGCCUGAAUAUCCCUUUAAUACGUGCUCUGAUGGAGCCUCAAGUGGACACAAAAGGAACUGCAGUUUUUUGUUUGUUGUUUGGUUACAGGUCUGAUCUUUUAUGCGAACUUCACUGCAGCUUAAUAUGUGGUUAACUCUUGGCUCCAAAUGCUAUGCUAACCUGGAGGACUAAACUCGACAAUAUUAGCCACACUUCACAAACUAACUUGAUAAUUCAUCCAGGCUCAAUAAUAAGGCUCUAUUUUGACUGUUUUCUGACGGUUUGGACUCUAUUUGUGGCGCAGAAGCUGGAAAUAGGACAUAUUGUUAAGUGCUAACUUUGCAGACAUCCUGUGAAAACCGAACAAACAAAACUGCGAGAGUUCAAGCGCUCCUGAUUGGAUCCGUAAGAAUUGGCUUAAGAAAACUGAACAAAGUUUAAGCGGCGGCAUCAUCGGAUGAAAAUCGAGCCUCUGAAAAAGAUCCUCCGUUCCUCGUACAAAGAGUCGCUCCCGUGGCUGAACAGGGAGGUAAAGUAGGACAGCAGUCUGAUUACAGACUUCACAGCCGUCUGUCUGCACUGCUUCACUGUGGCCAUUAGCCAGGCUCUCAGCGCCAGAGCCAAAGAGAGGAGAGCGAACACACACACUCACACUCUCACACACACACUCUUUCUCCCUGUUGAAGGGGAUAUUUAUCAAAUGGAAGUCUAUUCCAAACGACUAAGGGCCACUACAAGUCAUUAGUCCAUUCACACAACAUAAAGACAGCAAAUGAGGUUGUGUUCAGGGGCUGCAGCUCACGUGGGAGAACACAGUACUGGCCUGCAACACUUGAGAGUAUGACCUUACAUACUUUGAAUUAUUAUUAUCUUCAUGUUUGCCUUCUGUUAUUCAGUUAUAGUGUUUUUUUAAGCUGAGUAAUGCAUUUUCUAACCUUUAACAUACCUGAUUAUUCUUUCACUAUACAGACGUCGUAGUAGAGAUUAUAAAAAAGCAGGAUUUAAAUUACAAAGUUCAGGAUUAACUCGGGAUAUGCUCAACACAUCCAAACAUUUAGACACUGACUGAAUCCGCCGACUCACACUUCAUUCUCGCUGUUCCCACGUGUGAUUGUAAAAAUUUACAGACCUACGAGGAGACUCUGCGUUUCCUUCCGUUUACCCCGCAGGAGGGCGAGUCUUCAUUUCUGCUCUUUUACCAAAGAUAAAGAGUUUUUUUUUUCCUCUAUUCUCUCGCUCAUAAAUAUCGUGUCGCUUCAUUUUCAGGGAGCAUUUUUUUUUGGGAUCUGGCGCCUGCACAGAGAGAGCUGCAGGGAUUAUAACUUCCUGCAAAGCCUUUUGGAUUUUUGUCCAAUUAUGCAACCUCAGCAGAACGGUUGCGGGAUAAUCUCCUCUCACCUUGACUGGAAACAUAUUCCAUCUAAACGCUGCACAGAAACUGAAACUUUGAUUUUAAACAAAAAAGAUGCUAUGUUCAUGGAUUUUUUUCUAGUAGUGCAUUUAAAGAAUAAGUCCUUUAGCGUUAAACGUACUGCAUGUAGGCAUUUUGCACAAUUUCUGUUGAAGUUACGUCACGUAAUAAUCGACAAAACAGGUCAAAUUUGGCAUGGCUUUGUAUCCUGGAGGAGUCAAUUAAGUAAAACCUCCUCCUGAGCUGCUGCAUGAGUCGUCUCGUUAUCGGCAGCUCAAGUGAAUCAGACAUGAAUCAUCAUCAUCAUCAUCAUCAUCACCCCGGCUGGUCUGGAAUCAGCUGUCAGCUUCUUUUUCUGCUUUGGACCUGUUGUUGUUGUUUUUUUUUUAGUUGCCGGGGACAGCGAGGAUGUAACCAGACCGGCUCUUGGUGAAGUCAGGCUGUGAUUGGUUGAUCUUUGGCUCCACGAUAACCGUGCACUUCCUGCCGUUCAUGCUGCACUGGAUGGGGCUGGAUAUGUUCACCUGGAGCUUUCUCUUCUCACUGGAGGACAGAUGGAGAAAAAAAGGAAGAAAAAAGAGAGAAAUGUAGAUGUUACUGAUAAUAAAACAACCCUUCACCUCUUCUAAUAAUAAUAAUAAUCAUAAAUUUUAUUUAUAACAUGCUUUUACAGGUGCUCAAAGACGCCUUACAAAGAAAAGAGGAAAUGAAACAAAAACACAAUUUAAAAUACAGAAAAUUUUGAGAAAUAAAACCAACAAUGUGAAAGGUUAAAAAAGACACAAUAUGAAAAGAUAAUAAAACAACAAUUUUUACAAUUUCAAUAAAAUAAGAAUAAAAUUGAAUGAAUUAUAAAAUGCUCUUAUUAAAAUUAUGGCAUUUGCCCAAACCCUGGCCACCCCAAUCUCUGUCAGUGUC